AUGGAGAAAAAGAAGAAGAACAGCAAGAACAAGCGCGAGGAGUCCACCUCGACCAUUUUUAAAGUCCCCCGUUACAUCCCCGAGGACGACGCAGAUGGAGGAGAAUUCUACUCCAAGGGGAAAGACGAUGUAUUGACAAAAAAGGAUGGCCUGGACAGAGGUGAGCAAACAGGGAUUCAACCCCUUGUUGACCAUGCCCAGGAGGGAGAAGAACAAUCCAGUCACCAUGUGGAAAUGAACGUCGACUCGGACGUUGACCUCCAGUCCGACCUCGACUUAGAAGAAAGUGAGAAGGUAUGGUUCACCAAUUUGUUGCGGAAAAAGGGGGAGGAACACACCGGAGCGGGACACGAGCAAGAAAAAUCUGCUCCAUACUGCGGAGCAAAACCCGAGUCAGAGGAGGGAGAAGAUGAAGACAACACGGAGGAUGACGAGGAAGACGAAAUUGUUAUAAAUGCCGAUUCUAUUUUUAAAAAUAUUUACCCCUUUUUUAAAACAGAGGAGGACCCGAAUUAUUUGAAAUACAAAAAGCAGCUACAAAAAAUUGUAAAAAAUAAGUCGUGA